UAAGGGUAUCUCGUGCCUCCCAACACGGCGCUUGCGAUUAGCCGCUGCCUCGUCUCUUGCCGAAGAACAGGAUAUGCGAUUGGCUGCCGGUUGAGACCUCGCUCCCGAUGAUGGUGAAGCGGUGGUGGAGGCUGCGUGCGGGAGCUGCCGAGUGAGAAAUGAGUGCUUUAGCCAUGUGAUGAUGAGACUGGUGCACAAUGCCUGAUCAGGACAAAAAGCUAAAGAGCACAGAAAAAGCAACAGACAAAAAACCUCAUGGGGUUUCUAUGAGGGACUAUUCUGACCUUAAAAGACUUCAGUCUCUCUUAAAUGCUCCAUCAAGCAAACAACAGCUUUCAGCUAUACAUUUUGAAAAUGGUCUAAUCAGCAUAACAAGAUCUCUUCAAAGUGUCAAAAUUGAUGGACAAAAACUCCAUCGUCAAUGGCAAGAGUCAACUGAAGCUGUUGAGCUUGAAAACUUCAGUGUGACCUACAAGAACGAGAGAAAUUUUAGCAAACAUCCCAGCCAUAAGUUGUUUCAAGAUAUUUUUACUGCUUUAGUUAAGAACAGAUUUAACUGCAGGGAAUGGGUAAAUCAAGCUCCAUCCAUCCAUUUUCUUAGAGUGUUAAUCUGCCUGAGAUUAUUAAUAAGGGAUCCAUGCUAUCAGGAAAUGCUCUACAGUUUGGGUGGGGUUGAAAAUCUAGCUCAGUAUAUGGAAACAGUAGCAAAUGGCUAUCUAGGUUGUGGAGAAGAGAAACAUAAUGUAGACAAGUUGGUCAACAUGACAUACAUUCUUCAAAAGAUUGCUGCUGUUAAAAAUCAAAGAGAAUGGGUUGUAGCAAGUGGAGCACAUAAAACCUUAGUAAAUUUGUUAUCUGCCAGAGACAGCAAUGUGCUCCUGGGUGCCCUCCUUGCCCUGAUAAGCUUAGCAGAAAGUCCAGAAUGUAGGGAGAAGAUAAGUGAGCUCACCAUUGUUGAGAACUUGCUGGUGAUAUUACGUGAAUAUGAUUUGCUGUCUAAAAGGCUCACAGCAGAAUUGUUACGUCUUCUCUGUGCAGAGUCACAAGUCAAAGAACAAGUUAAAAUUUAUGAAGGAGUUCCAGUUUUGCUCAGUUUACUCCAUUCUGAUCAUAUCAAGCUUUUGUGGAGUGUAGUUUGGGUUCUUGUACAGGUUUGUGAAGACCCUGAGACUAGCGUGGAAAUCCGAAUUUGGGGAGGAAUCAAGCAACUACUUCAUAUAUUACAGGGGGAAAGAAAUCUUGUUUCUGAUCGCUCUUCAGUUGGAAGUUUAUCUAGUGCAAAUGCAGCAGGGAGAAUUCAACUUCUUCAUUUGUCAGAUGAUUUGAGUCUUGAUGAGAUACAAGAAAAUACUUUCUCCCUUCAAGCAGCUUGUUGUGCUGCAAUUACUGAACUGGUGCUCAAUGAUACUAACGCUUACCAAGUAGUACAGGCAAAUGGAAUAUAUAUAAUAGCAAAACUGAUUUUACCAGACAAAGAAAAGAAUGCUGAAAAAGCUUAUUUAUUACAGUGCUAUGCUUUCAGAGCCCUGAGAUUUCUCUUCAGUAUGGAAAGAAAUCGACAUAUCUUCAGAAGACUUUUUCCUACUGACUUGUUUGAAAUCUUCAUUGAUAUUGGACAUUAUGUGCGUGAUAUUAGUGCUUAUGAAGAGCUGGUAUCAAAGCUGAAUUUAUUAAAGGAGGAUGAAUUGAAGCAAAUUGCUGAAAGUAUUGAGAGUGUCAAUCAGAAUAAAGCACCUACAAAACAUAUAGGCAAUUAUGCAAUUUUAGAACACCUUGGCAGUGGAGCUUUUGGAAGUGUAUACAAGGUUAGAAAACAUAAUGGGCAAAAUCUUCUGGCAAUGAAAGAAGUCAAUUUACACAAUCCAGCAUUUGGAAAGGACAAAAAAGACAGAGAAAGCAGAGUACGGAACAUUGUCUCCGAGUUAACUAUCAUCAAAGAGCAGCUUUAUCAUCCAAAUGUUGUACGUUAUUAUAGAACCUUCUUGGAAAAUGACAGACUGUACAUAGUCAUGGAACUCAUAGAUGGGGUGCCAUUGGGAGAACACUGUCACUCUUUAAAGGAAAAGCAACAACAAUUUACAGAAGAAAGAAUAUGGAAUAUAUUCAUCCAACUUUGCCUAGCUCUCCGUUAUUUACAUAAAGAGAAGAGGAUUGUUCAUCGAGAUCUCACUCCAAACAACGUCAUGCUGGGGGAUAAAGACAAAGUUAAAAUUACUGACUUUGGUCUUGCAAAGCAAAAGCAAGAAAACAGCAAACUUGCAUCAGUAGUGGGAACCAUUCUAUACUCUUGCCCUGAAGUUGUAAAGUGUGAGCCAUAUGGAGAGAAAGCUGAUGUCUGGGCUGCAGGAUGUAUCCUUUAUCAGAUGGCAACUCUGAACCCACCGUUUUACAGCACCAAUAUGCUCUCCUUGGCAACUAAGAUAGUAGGAGCUGUUUAUGAACCUGUGCCAGAUGGACUGUACUCUGAAAAAGUGUCACUUACCAUUAAGAGGUGCUUGACCCCUGAUGCAGAGACACGUCCAGACAUAGUGGAGGUCAGCUCACUGCUGUCUGAUGUGAUGAUGAAAUAUUUGGAUGUUUUAUCAACAUCCCAUCUCACUUUGGAGAAGAAACUGGAUAGGGAGAGAAGACGAACGCAGAGGUACUUCACGGAAGCUAACCGAAAUGCAGCAGCCUGUCAACAUCAGCUUUGUAUUUUACCUCAAAACCAUUAUGACAAGUUGAGACUUCAAGGAAGCACCAUUGGAACAGCCAGUUGCAAAACUGAUUUUUCAGAAAACUUCGGCAUCCUGACAGAGAACUGUCAUUCUACAUGUAGAAAGGAUGAGAAGAGAACAUAUGAAGAAAUCCUUAUAGAGGACGACAGCAGUUUAGAGAACUCUGGGAAAGAUUUGUUCUCAGAAUUAGAUGAUGAGCUCGAUGCAUUGGACAACUCAAGUAGUUCUAGCUCAAGUCAUUUGAAACAGUCUGCUUUUGGUAUCAUAAAACAAAGCCGUGGUACUUCUGAAAGACAACCGCAGAUUAGUAGAGACUGUAUUGAAGGUCUAGGAUCAAGACUGCGACCAGCCAAUAGCGGCAAAGAAGUCAAAUACCACAGGAUAGGAACCAGUGAAAAAGCAUCGGCAGGAAUUGCUGUAUCACAAAGGAAAGUGCGUCAGAUCAGUGACCCCGUUCAGCAGAUUCUUAUUCAGCUGCACAAAAUUAUCUUCAUCACUCAACUUCCUCCAGCUCUGCAGUGCAACUUGAAAAGGAGAGUCAUUGAGAGAUUCAAGAAGUCCCUCUUCAGUCAGCAGAGCAAUCCUUGUAAUCUGAAAUCAGAAAUGAAAAAGCUGCUCCAAGGUUCUCCUGAAUUGAUUGAUACCAACUUUUUUACAGCAGAUUGGCAUAUGGUAUUUCUCUCAUCCUCUGGCAAUAUGUUAGUUCCAGAAGACAGAAAAGGUACUGUUGGCACUUCUGACAUAGCAGAAGGGAUGACUUAUGAGCAAUUACAGACCUUAAUUGAGGAGGUUCUAGAGGAAAGUGGUUAUUACAAUUUCUCUUCGAACAGGUAUUUUUACUAUCCAACGAAGAGCUAUCCAGCAAAAGAGGAAAAUUCAUAAUUCUGAUCAAAGGGUUCUGAACUGUUUCCAGAGAAGACAAACUGCCUGUCUUUCAGCUAAUGCUUUUGGUAUUGAAGAGGAAAGUUUUGCUUGUUAAACAACAAACUGAAGCGAUUCCAACAUUGAAUGUCUUCAAGAAACCUCAUGAUUUUUCAGGAUUAUAAUUGUGACUUUAGCUUUGUUUACAGCAGAAGCACUUUGCGAGGAACACUGGGAAAGAUGCUUCCAGGUUUACACAACUUGGAAAAGCACAACUCCCAGAAGCACAUAUCUCCUAUUUUUAUAUACUUUUUAAAAAUAGUUGUUGCAUAGUCGGGUUUUCUGGAACUCUAGUUCAAAGCCUGUAGCCUUAUUCAUGUCCAUUUAUGUCUUCUAUGGAAAGAAAAAAAGCUUUCUAAUACCACCAGACAGAAAACAUAUGUAGGCUCCCUGCAUGAGAAUAAAGAACAAAUUAAACAUCAUCAGUGUGAUUUUAAAAUUUAGAAUUCUUUUCUGCUUACAAUUGGAUAGUGGCAAAUACUAAUGCUGGUAUGACAUGUUCAUAAUCAUUUGCAGCUGGCAUAGCACCUGAAUUGACUGUUGUUUUUAAAAAUGUUGUUUUUACUGCUGUUUGCAACUGUGUUUAUUAUGUGUCAGUCUUUAGGCAUAUUUUAUAUAGAUCUGUGAAUAUAAAAUGUCAUAUACACACACAAUAUAUAUACAUUCAAUUAUUAACAGACUACAUUAAAUACAUGCUUUGCUGCUAGUCAAAGCUGAAGUACUUAAAGCACUUUGAAAUUUCAACAUUUAUUUACUAUACAUUAAAUGAGAUAAAAAUAUCUCACUGCAGUAGCACCAGAAGACACUUGGUGACUUAGUUCUGCUAACUCUGUUGGAAGUGAUUAACAUUAUAUUCAACAUGUAACAACUGGUAAGUAGUUAAAUACAGAGGGAUGCUCUGUUCUUUUACAGGCUGGCUGAGUCAUUGUCCCCUGUCCUCCCUGCCCAAAGGUUUGUUUGUAACCAUAAUUUGCAAACUAGCAUUAAUUUCCUAUCAAUUCAAGAGCAUUAUUUCACCUAUAAUGAGUGACUUCAAUGUUCCAAAUUGUGAAGCUGAGAAAAAUGCCCCUCUUUUCAUAUACAUGAUGUGUUAGAAAGUUGUCAGGUGCUAUCUUUCCACUUACCGAAUAGUGUAGUUGUGGUAGCAAAGAUAUAUUAACGGCUGCUUUAGAAAUCAAAUUAAAAAGGCAAGGUUGGUCAUGACAUAUUUUAUGGUGGAGAUAUAGACAAAAGUGUUCUGAAGAAGAAAAACAGCAUCUGCAGUCCUUGUGGAAUGGUUAAUGUAAAGGAGAAAAAACAGUUUGGUCUUCAGUCAAAUAUUCCCAUUUUAGUAAUUACCAUCAUUGCAUGUCCUACUUUCUUUUUUCCCUGUAGCUACUGCUACAUCUUAUUGUAAUUGUUUUUUACAAGUGUAUCUCCUUAUGCCUGUCUGAAGAAGAGUGCCACCUAACAAUGGGCAGUGAUUGAUGGUGACAACAGGUCAUGCCUACUACUUUACCACCACCUCUUACUGAAUACAGACCUUGACAUUAAAUUAAUACAGACCCUGACAUUAAAUUAUAUUCUUUUAAGUGUACUUUUAGCCAGUAACUUCUACAUGACACCUGUUUUAAUGACAAAAAAAUUAAAGAUUGUGUAUGCUCUAUCUAGGCCAAAAUGAAAAUGAAUGUUUUUACUCUCUGUAUCUUCAAAAACAGUCAUUUUCUGCCUGGCAAGUCUGAAGAUAGCCGUGAUAUAAUUUCCACAGUUUUUAUAAAUAUCUUUAGAAAGCUAAGGCAAAGUCAUUCAUAUUUUAAUAUAAGAAAGUACCUGGAUGUUUUGCCUGACCAAGACAUAAAAUAACCCCAGCUACUGUUUUCAAAACAAUUUUAUUUGCUGUAGAAGUUGCACUUCUAGCGAUGCUCUUACCAUUAAAAUGUCUGAAAAUUUUAAACUGUCAGAAUGUAAUGAAUUCACUAGAAAUACUCUGGAUCUUAUUCCAAGCAUGUUUUGUAUUAGCACUGUUUAAUUUUUGUCAGGAUAUGUGUGGUAGUAUAGCAUUCAUUCAUACUUCAUGAAAUAAAUUUUUUUCUUUAGAAAUA